AUGUUUGCGUCUUGUUUAAUUCCGUCUGUCUCUGCACGUAAGAAAAAGAAGCGAGACGACAAGGGGUUGGUGGUUCCAUCCUUCAUGUUUGGAGCUCGAGUCAAGCCUGACGCUGGGAACUUCAAGAACGUUUACGGUCGGCUGAUAACGUACGGGGAGAUGCCUCUUACAUGUGAUGAAAAGGCCUUUCAGAAGCAGCUAGUCAAGAGCUGGGUCGACCUUCGAGCUUCCGCCUCGAAACUGCUGCAGGAGGUGGAGAAGUCAGAUUUCAGCAGCGAUGACUAUCUGCGAGCGCUGGCGAGGAUUGAGACGAGGGCCUCGCUGCUGACGAGGCAUGCCAUGAUCAGAUCGAGGCAGGAGGCCGUCAGGAGGCUCUCCGUCAAGCUCAAUCACAUCGUGCGCCUCUUGUACCAGCCGCAUGCAGACAGAGAGGUCCUGUGGUUGCUGUCGCUCAAGGUGGCGAAGCUCGUGGAAGACAUCGAGUUCCUGCCGUGCUUCAAAGAGCCUGAGAGGUCAACGUUGAAGAAGGAGAUAGGCAUGGCGAUAGACCUCGCUGACGCCAUCGCCUCCUCCUCGCACGCGCUGGAGAAGGAGAGGCUCAAUUACGACCAGGAACGAGCGAAGAAGCUUGCGAAGAGCGUGAAGCAGCACCGGGACGAGAGCGAGCGAGCUGAGUACGAGAAGAAGAAGCGUGCCGAGCACUUCAGGCUAAGGACGUUCCAGUGGAAGGGGGGCAGGAGGAUCGAUGAAGCCCUCAAGGUGGUCGACAAGGGCUACAAGGUGUGGGCCGGCGGUUGGUCUCCCCUCUCCAGGAGCACGGACAGCAUCCUCGAAGCCCUCUGUGACGCCCGGGCAGUCCUGUGGCAGCUGCACCGAAAGCUCAAGGCUGAAGAAGCCGAGCUGCUGUUCGAGCAGAUGGACUUCGCCUGCUGCAAGUUGGAGGUGGCAGACGUCAGCCGAGAGCUGAGAAGAGAGGUGCAAGCGUGGAAGCGCUCAAAGAUGGAGGGGCUGCAACAGAAGCAGAGCAAGGCGAUGGACUGGAAGAGUAUGUGCUCCCAUUCCCUCGUGCACCGGAGGGAGAGGAUUGUCAAGUACGUCAAGAAGCAGCUGCUUCACCUUGGAGGAGCUGCUGACGUCGUGAUUGGCCUGGAAGACUUUGACUUUGACCUUGAUCUGUCUUUCUUUGAUGACCUGGACAUCAUGGAGGGUUUCACCGACGACUUGAUCUCCAUCCCUCUCGAUAUGCCUGAAGGCCACGGCGAGUUCUCCUUGAACGCAGCCGAAGAUGUCGAGCUAGAGGCCGAGGCUCCCGGAACUGAUAGACUGCAGACCCUGAGGAGUAAGAGAUUGAGCCAAAGUGUGAGAUAG